AUGAAAGAUAGUGGAACCAGCAGAACUCAGNAUCAGCUGCAGAAAGGAAACCUGAUCUUCUAUGAAUCCGAUCUGACAGAGUGUGGCAUCGAUAUCAGAGCAGCCUCAGUUUACUCUGGAGUGUUCACACAGAUCUUUAAAGAGGAGAGAGGACUGUACCAGAACCAGGACAAGGUUUUCUGCUUCGUCCAUCUGAGUGUUCAGGAGUUUCUGGCUGCUCUUCAUGCCCAUCAGACCUACUUCACUUAUGGAAUCAACCUGAUGGGAGAAGAACAGAAAAAGACUUCCUUUUUACCUAAAUUAUCUACGACAGUAAAACUAAGAAAUCUUCAUCAGAGUGCUGUGGACAAGGCCUUACAGAGUCCAAAUGGACACCUGGACUUGUUUCUCCGCUUCCUCCUGGGUCUUUCACUGCAGACCAAUCAGAGACUCCUACAAGGUUUGAUGACAAAGACUAGAAGUAGCCCAAUGACCAAUCAGAAAACAGUUCAGUACAUCAAAAAGAAGCUCAAUAAGAAUUUGUCUGCAGAGAAAAGCAUCAACCUGUUCCACUGUCUGAAUGAACUGAAUGAUCGUUCUCUGGUCCAGCAGAUCCAACAGUCUCUGAGAUCAGGACGUCUCUCCACAGAUAAACUGUCUCCUGCUCAUUGGUCAGCUCUGGCCUUCAUCUUAGUGACAUCAGGAGAAGAUCUGGAUGUGUUUGACCUGCAGAAAUACUCUGCUUCAGAGGAGGCUCUUCUCAGGCUGCUGCCAGUGGUCAAAGCUUCAAACAAAGCUCUACUGAAUGAGUGUAACCUCUCAGAGAGAAGCUGUGAAGGUCUGGCCUCAGUUCUCAGCUCCCAGUCCUCUAAUCUGAGAGUGAUGGACUUGAGUAUCAACAACCUGAAGGAUUCUGGAGUGAAGCUGCUGUCUUCUGGACUGAAGAGUCCAAACUGCAAACUGGAAAUUCUCAGGUCUGAACACCAGUGGAUAGAGAAGCUGGAAGAGAUCACUGGAGGCAUCAAUCUGGCCGCUGGAGACAUCAAGGCGCUGCUGAUCAAAACAGCAGGACACUCAGCAGCCAGGGGGGUGUUUGACGAAGCCCAGCUUCCAGGGGUCAUGACCUCACACCGGUAUGACAAGAUACCAUUCAACCAAAUAAGACCCAAG